AUGGCAAAAAAAGCCAAGAAGGAUGGACGCUCUGUAGAGCCCACAGGAAACCCAAUUUUGGAGGUCAAGUACAACGACCCCUUGUUUUCAAUAGCAGCUCAUCCAACUGAGCCUAUCUUUGUUUCUGGUCUUGCAACUGGACAUGUUUUUUGCAAUCGGUACGAUGCCGAAAGACUAGAAGAACGAAUGCAGGCCAUCAAAGACGAGCAAAAGAAGAAGUCCAAGACGUCAGUGAAGACUACAAAUGCCGCCUGGUGGACACAGGUGGAAGAUAUAACCAAUACUGACGAAAUUGUAACUUGCUGGAAAACGAAGCGUCAUAAAGGUUCGUGUCGUCUGGUACUUUUUGAUCCUAUUGAAAGUUCAGUGGGCAAGCAUUUGUUUACGGUGGGAAAAGAUCACGUUGUAAAGAAAGCAAACACAGAAACUGGUAAAGUUUUGACGAAAACUGAUAUAAGUAAGGACUUAUCACUGAAGGACGCAGUAACGAAAUUAUGCCAUUCUACUACCCAUCCUUUUUUGUUAUCAGGUACAGAAAACGGUCAUGUAUUGGUGUAUGACAGCAAUGAUUUGAGCAAUAAGUUCAAAGUGGAAAAUGUUCAUGAAGAUGCUGUCAACCAUAUUCUCGCAAUGCCCUCGGUUUCCCCAUACCAUUAUUUGACUGUAGGGUCCACCACGCUUUCUCAUAUUGACAUAAGAAAGGGAAUAGUUACUCAAUCCGAUGACCAAGAGGACGAGCUUUUAUCAAUGUCUUUCGUCCCAGAUGACGAUCGCAAUGAUACCGUCUUGGUAUCGCACGGUGGAGGCAUCGUCACCAUAUGGAAAAAUUCCAAAAACAAGCUUAUGGACCAGCUUUCCAGAAUCAAGGUUAACAAGGAGGCCUCAAUUGAUGUAAUGAUCAGUGCUAUGGACGCUGGAGAUGAUGAUAUGGCGGCCUCAGUUUGGUGUGGAGACAGUGAUGGUUUAGUACACCGAGUGAACUAUAAAAAGGGAAAAGUUGUAGAGACUCGUUUACAUGGAACCGCCGAUGAAGUUGGGUUCUUGGAUAUUGAUUACGAGUACAGACUCUUGACCGCAGGCAUGGACUCGAUGAAGCUUUGGCUGGCAGAGGGCGACGAUGAGGAAGAAGAAGAAAGUGAAGGAGAAGAAAGCGAAGAAAGUGAGGAAAGUGAUGAAGAAAGCGAUGAAAGUAGCGGAGAAGAAAGUGAAGGUGACGACGGCAAUGGAAGCAAUAGUGAAGAAAGUGAUAGCAACGACGAAGAUGAAGUUGAGAGCAGUGACGAUGAAAAAGAAAAAGAAGAAGAAUCCACAGAAACAGACCACAAGAACAUAGAGGCUGAAAGUGGAAAACAAGCAAAUAAAAGACAAGCGUCUCAACCAAAAUCGGCUGGUGAAAACGUCAAGAAACAAAAACUCAAGCAAACUUCAAAACUUGCCCAUUCACAUGGAAUACGCCGAUUCGAUGGGUUGUAG